UGCGCCCGCUCGCGCGUGCGUCUCUCUAUCGAGUUCUCCUGAGCGCUUAUUUUGGCCUGAAGGGACGCGGCGGUUCUCCUGAGGAGUUCCGAGUGGAAUGGAAGCGUUUCAGGAGGUUUACAGGAAAAAUAAACAGUAAACAACGACUGUGUGCUUCAAGAACUCGUUUUAAAAUCCAGCGGGAGAAACCCUCGGGCUUAUUUUAAAGAGAGAAACAAGAACUUCCAGAUUGUUCCAGGCGGUUUUCCAUCUUCACUCAACUUUCCCAGACCUCUGAAAUUCCCAGGAAUGCCUGAUACGUGUUGUGCAGUUAGCUGCCACAACAGAAGAGGGGAUAAACCUGGAUUAACGUUCCGUAGGUUCCCGGCCGAUCGACAGCGUUGCGAAAAGUGGAUCGCGGCGAUCAGGCGAGAGAAUUGGCAGCCCACCGAACACACGCGUUUGUGUGGCGAACAUUUUGUCUCAGGUUGUGAAAAGCCUGAUGCUGUAUCUGUGAUGUGCCGUCUAGCCUGAAGACGAGUGAGAAUCUGCACGUUCUGUUUUUCUCUCUCUCUCUCUCUCUCUCUCUCUCUCUCCUCUUCCACAUCCUCAUCCUCCUUUUUUCUUUUUCUCUCUCUCUCUCUCCCUUCCCUCACAUGAUUGUGCCAGAGGCUGUACCCCAGCAUGACUUCAGAGUGAACAGAGCUUCCAAAUCAACACUUUUUUUUUUUUUCAAGCUGAUUGAGUGAGAGGAGGAGGAGAAGAGCGUGAACCUGAGGGCAGCCCCGCCUUUGCUCACCUUUUCGAGGUGCGAUAACUGAAGGAGAGAAGAAGGUGAAGCAAAAGAAGGAGCCUAGCAGGCUCUAACGCUCGGUGUGCGGACCCAGAGUAGGUUCGAUGCUGUGAGACGAGCACAGAUCAGCUCAACAUCCAUUCCAUUCACCGAAACAUAUCAAAGAGUGAGGGAAGGAGAGAGACCGAGUGAGUGGGAGAGGAGUGAAUAUGGGAGUCCUGCUGUAUAGCGUGCUUGCGCUGGCUCUGAUCUGUCAGAAUCAUAGCUACAGUGUCAGAAGCCCUCUGGACAGGUACAAACGAUUUGAAGAGGCCGUGUGGUCUGAACCGAACGACUGCUCUCAAGCCAGGCAGCCUUUCGCCCUGUCCAACCCAUACAACUUCUCCUUGGACCUCCGCAUGCCAGGAGUCGUCCCAACAGCGUCCGAUUCCUAUUACUGUAUGGCUUUUCGAGUGCCCACACCAAGGGACGCCUAUAUAGUGGAUUUUGUGCCCCAUGCUUCCAUGGAGACAGCCCACCACAUGCUCUUAUACGGCUGCAGAACCCCCUACUCCACCAAAGGUUACUGGGAUUGUGGGACAGAACAGGGCACCUGUGAGGACGAAGCUAAGAUUAUGUACGCCUGGGCCCGAAAUGCUCCGCCCACCAAGCUCCCUAAAGAUGUUGGCUUUAGAGUUGGAGGAAAUACCAGGAUUGCCUACUUCGUGCUGCAAAUCCACUAUGGUGAUGUCCAUAGCUUUAGAGAUCACCAUAAAGACUGCUCAGGACUUACUCUAAGAAUGACUUCCAAACCGCAGCCUUUUAUAGCCGGCAUGUACCUGAUGAUGUCCGUAGACACCGUCAUCCCUCCAGGAAAGACAGUAACCAAUGCUGACAUCGCUUGCAAUUACUUAUCAUACCCCAUGUACCCGUUUGCCUUCAGAACCCACACACACCGCCUUGGUAAAGUUGUUAGUGGUUACAGAAUUCGAAAUGGGCAGUGGACAUUGAUUGGGCGGCAGUCUCCACAGUUACCACAGGCCUUUUAUCCAGCCAGCAAUGCCAUCGAUGUGAGAUACGGAGAUAUGCUGGCCGCUCGCUGCGUUUUCACAGGAGAAGGAAAGUCCACUAAAACACACAUCGGUGGCACUUCCAACGACGAGAUGUGUAACUUCUACAUCAUGUACUACAUGGACAGCAAGCAUGCUGUGCCUUACAUGGACUGCAUGGAUCACGGCAACAGCAAUCUGUUCAGAGACAUUCCCGCUGAAGCCAACGUCCCCAUUGCCGUCAGUCCGGACCAAUUGAUGUCUAUGAUGCACGGCUCAGAGCAUAAAGACGGCGAAGACGCCACCGCGCUCCAGCAGCCAAAGAGGGAGGAGGAGGAGGUUCUGGAUCAGGGUGACUUCUAUUCCCUUCUCUCCAAACUCCUAGGGGAAAGGGAGGACGUUGUCCAUGUGCAUAAGUAUAACCCAACGGAGGCCCACGCGGACCUGGUGGCCGAAAUUGAUAGCAUAAUGCAAAAGAAAGACCUGGGCUGGCGCGGACCCAGGCUAGACUAUGCACACAGAAGCGGUGCAGUUCUGGUGAGGGACAGAGUGCACAAGUUCCACCAGUUAGAGUCCACUGUCAGGCCUCCGGGGACCAAGACUGUAUCUGCCAGACUGCCAGGCUCAGGGGUGGCAGUGGCCAAAAAACAAGGGGCCCAUCUGGAGGAGGUGACUGGCUGGCCGGAGGUGGCGUUGCAGCUGGGUCAGGUGUCUGGUCUGGCUCUGGACUCUGAUGAGAACCUGGUUAUCUUCCACAGAGGAGAUCACAGAUGGGGAGUCAACUCUUUUAACAAUGAGGCGAUGUACCAGCAAAAGUCCCUUGGCCCCAUUCAACAGUCCACCAUCUUGGUAGUGGAUCCAGUCAAAGGCAAUGUGCUCAAGGCCUCAGGGAGAAACAUGUUUUAUAUGCCACAUGGAAUCACAACUGAUAAGGACAAUAAUUAUUGGGUGACGGAUGUAGCUCUUCAUCAGGUGUAUAAACUGAGCAGCGAUGGUAAAGAGAAGCCGCUGCUGACUCUGGGAGAGGCUUUUGUGCCCGGAUCUGACAAGAGCCAUUUCUGCCAGCCUACUGAUGUUGCCGUGGACCCAGACAAUGGCAACGUCUAUGUGUCUGAUGGCUACUGCAAUACCAGGAUCCUCAAAUUCUCACCAGAGGGCAAAUAUCUGUCCCACUGGGGAGCAGGUUCGUUAGACCGGCGGAGGCGUGUGCCCUUCCAUAUCCCCCACAGCCUGGCCUUCGCAGCGGAUAAGCGUGAGCUACUGGUGGCUGACCGGGAGAACGGGCGCGUGCAGUGUUUCAUGGCCGACACAGGCGAGUUUGUGAAGGAGAUCAAGAAAGAGGAGUUUGGAGGGGAAGUGUUUGCCAUCUCCUAUUCACCCGCACAAGGUGGCUUAAUCUACGCAGUGAACGGAGAAUCAGCAUACGGCCAGUCCGCCCCGCUCCGAGGCUUCGUGCUCAAUUAUUCAACCAAGGAGAUCCUGGAUACAUUUUCACCAGACACGCAGAAAUUCAGAAUGCCUCACGACAUUGUCGUUACGAAGGAUGGAAGCGUGUUUGUUGGGGACGCCGCCUCAGACGCGGUUAUAAAGUUCGUUCCAUCGGAAAAAGCAGAGCACCGUUCUGUUAAAAAGGGAGGAAUCGAGGUGCAGGAAAUCGAAGAAACGGAGACAUUCGUCCAGGCCAAAUUGAAGCCGAUGCACAAGCAGAUGGGCCACGCCCCUGAAGCGACUGUAGAGAAACUACCCAUGACUAAAGAGGAGGAGGCAGUGCAGGUUCAAAAGGCCAAAGCUGCAGACGAGAAGGAGAAAGACGAGGAGAAUGAGAAGAAGAGUGACGCAACUCAGGGUCUGUCCCCUGCGGUCAUCACCACUCUGCUCCUGCUUCUCCCCCUGGUGCUGGUCAUCACCAUCGGCGUCUUCAUCCGCUGGAAGAAGAGCAGGAUGUAUGGAGAUGGCCAUGAGGUGAAGCUUGAACCAUCAGGAUCAUCAGGAGGAAUCUUGGGUAAACUCAGAGGCAAAGCUGCAGGGACGUUAAACUUGGGCAAUUUCUUUGCAACCCACAAAGGAUACACACGGCAGGGCUUUGACCGUCUCAGCACGGAGGGCAGCGACCUGGAGAAAGAUGAUGAGGAUGCCACUGACUCGGAGAAUGAGGAAUACUCUGCCCCGCCUCCCCCCAUUUCCUCGUCCUAAUCAUCCGGCCCAAGCUCCGCCCCUUCCGUCCGUGCUCGAACCCUUACAAUGUACUGCAAUCCUAUAUGUAACUAUACACAUUGGCUGCCAAUAUAUUUAAUUUAUUUGUGCAGAAACCUUUUUUCUCAAUAGACUAUAUGACUGCCACUUUAAUUUAUGAUUUUAAGGGAGCAAACGCAUAGAGGAGCAAACACUGGUAGAUGUAGGGAUAUAGCUAAAUGCUUAUUUUUAAUGGAAGAUGAGAAGGAGGUAGAGUUGUUGUUGUUUUUAAUUUUAAUUUGAGAGAUGUACGCCAAUAAUUUAUCUCGAUAAAACUUGAUAGUUUAAGUUUUCAGGUAACUGGUCCAGAUGUUUUUGUUUUAUCUCUUAUUUGUACAUUUGUGCCUUUUUGAUUAUGUAUUUCACCUUCCGCAGCACCUAUAUUACUACAGAUGUGCCACUUUCUUCAAAGCGCUGCUAUCGUCACUUGUAUUUUGAUUUAUGUCGUGCCGCAUUAUGAAAAGGAGAAAAAAAAGAGGAUUAUCGAGAUGUAUCUAAAGCUGUAUUUACAACAUUUUCCAAGCAGGAUGUGAGACGUGUCUGAUGUUUGUUGUGAAAUACUGAGGUUUUAUUGCAAGAAUACUAUUUUCAGUAACAAUGUUAUUUGUGUAAUAAAGUGUCUGCAAAGCAUCACUUUUCUGGUGAUCUUUGUUUUGUAAUUUGUUCAAUUCAAAUAUAUAUUUUAAAGUUUAGAUAUUUUAGAUUUACACGGUUAAUUAGUGAGGAGGAGGAGGAGAGACAUCCAAAAUAUUUGACUUUGCUCAUGUAUAAAACACUCAAAUGCAAA